AAGGGAAGACCUUAGAAAUCUUCUACAAUCGUCCGUUUCAGAGAGUACUAAAUAACGUUGGUUUUAUUGCUGGGCAAAUCUGGCUGGCUGUGGACAACAACAGAGCAGCGCAUAUACUUUUUUACAAGUUAUCGGAUUGUGAUAUACAGUUGCCGCCAGGAGAGGAGAAGACUAUCUUAAACUUGACCAAAUAAUAUUGUUUGUAAAAUCUUGCUUCUGACUCGACAAGUAGUAUAACAUAUUCAACCGGUUAAGUUUCAUUGAAGCGUACUGAUCAUAGUAUUUCUUCCAACAAUAACCAAGUCGUUUCCUGAAGUGCAGGGUGACGGAAAAUAACCCAGGCCGGUUGGUUGGGUUUCUGUAAAACAAACUAUUGCAUCUGCUCCUUUUGUGCACGACUCCUCAAAAUAAUCUUUGCUCGGAUGUUGAUAUAGAAAGCCUUUGCUUCAAAGGGACUUUUUAUAUUAGAUUUGGGCUUCUCAAUACCGAAAUUUUUAUUGUUCUUGCAUGUACCUCGCAAGACUGCAAGAGCUGAUGUGAUACCCGACUGACAUCUAUAUAAAGUUGAUCAUAGAUGUGAUAACCUUGGAUCAGCUAGCUUGUUCUACUGGAGGACUAUAUAUAUAUAGUUCUACCCAGGAAUUCUAAGGAGCAGCAAUAAAAAGGAGAGGGGCAUCUCAGCUACAGCAGUAGAAAAAAUAAAGAUUGUGACGUUUGUUGGAUUGAUAUCUUUCUAAUCAUUAUGGAGGAUCUUCACUCACAUCUAAACCACAGUAUGUCACCAUCAGAUGACCCUGAUCAUCAUUCUGACAUUAGUACGGCCUUGCUCGAUACCCUCUCAUUAACCCGGGUCUAUCUCAGCGCUGCCGGAGUCUUUAUCGCUCUCUUCGGGAUGGGUUGCGUCAUAUCCAUCAAAGAUUUCUCUGAGCGGGAGAACCACCUCUCAAAGAGUGUGGUCAUCGGCCUCGCCUUCCAGUCUUUCAUCCAACCCGCCAUCGGGUACGCUCUCGCUCUCCUACUCGACAUGAAAGAGAACGAGGCGUUGACCAUCAUCAUGCUCGCGAUCUCGCCGGUGUCGCCGCUGUGUGCUGUCCUGGUUUAUUACGGCGAAGGCGUCGUCAUUGUCGGGCUUUGCUUGGCCAUGCUCUCUACUGCCCUCUCCGUCGGUCUCAUUCCAUUUUGGUUCUCUCUCUACUCGACUACCUGGUCCCACGAGUAUUACGUCAUUGCUCCGCCAAUCAACAUCGUACUGACAGAGCUGUUGAUAUUCUUUCCUACCCUACUAGGGGUGAUGUACCAGAGGAGGUUCGGGAAACUCAAGGGGAGAUUGAUGGCCAAGAUAUGCAGCUUCGGCUUCUGGAUAGCUUCCAUAGUUAGUCCAAUCGUGAACGCCGGUGUCAAUCCCGACUUCUAUGACGUUUCGUGGCAGAUUUGGGUCGGCGCCAUUUGUCUUCCGGUCAUCGGAUUCGUGUGCGGCCUGGUCUUCGCUCUCUUCGCAAGCCUCCCUUUCGACGUCUGCAGCGCUAUCUCCCUCGCCGUCGGCGUCCCGAACGUCUACAUCAUGAGCCAGAUCUCGGAGCGGUACCUGUCGGCUGAUCCGAAUACCUUGCACGACGUGCACGGUAUUAUCAACAUCUUCAGCUUUGUCAUGCCAAUAGAGGGUUUCAUCUGGGCAAUAUUGUAUCGUGUCAUCGAGGAAAUGUUCGUGAAGUUGACACCAACUUGUUGCUCCGGCGGUAUUGAUGAUGCAGAUGACAGUGAUACGAAAAGAUUGUUGGUCAACAUGGACAGUGGUACCGAGAGCGCAGAGAAUGCAGAGAGUGCUACUUGAAUGACCAGCGGCCGUCAAAUGCCCGGCUGGGGAGGGGGGGGCAGUCAAAUGUAUUGCUGUACACGUACGUGACCAAAUUAUUUCCAAACACCCCCUAAACAAGAUUUUCGCGGGCUUCACACAUUUUUUACCCCUAAAAAAGUUGUCGACAUGCAUAUAUACUGUACUCACUUAAGCAGUGCGCGUGGACAAAAAUACUGUAUGUGACAAAUUUCACGAUCUGUUUUCUCGUUUCCCAGGCCCGUUCCCAUAUGCAGGGUCGUUGCUUUACAAUCGGGAAGAACCCGAACACUUUUCAGAAACGAGGAGGAAAAAGCCGCGGGGAAACAUACCCUUAACAAGUUUGGCUAGUGUUAUAGAAAAGAAAAUUUGGUUGAAAAAACUUACCCUAAAUACGUUUGACCCCGCGAUUGACCAUUGACCAUGCUUUCAAAACCACCUUUUUUGUUUUUUGAAAAUUUGUGUUUUUAAUACCCUUAACGAGUGCAUGUGCGGCCCGCGUCCAAAAAAAAAAAAAAAUCGUUUUAGUAACGUGUUUUUUUUUGGUCACGCAUGUGUACAGCAAUAUAUUUGACUGGCCGCCCUCCCCCCCCCCGGGGGGGGGGGGGGGGUCAGAGGCCGUAUGGCCUGGCGCUAAAGGGCGAUAAAUGCCAAUUCAACUUGUUCAGGGAGGAAUUAAUCCUUGCUUCACUUGACAAUGGGGAGAAAAUUAGAAUGUUUCAUAUAAUAAAAUACAAAAGAAAUAGUGAGUUGAUGAUGUCUUCAGUCUUCUCAUUUGCACACCGACCAGGGUGUGCAUACAACUAUUUUGUGAAAUUAAGUGAAACUUUAAAAAGUCAUAACUUUUUUAUUUUACAUCCAAUUUUGAUGAAAUUUUCAGUGUUAUGCUUGCUGGAUUUUUCUCUUUUUAUUCAACCAAACUUUUUGUUGGGUGGAUUGUACUUUAAGUAUAUGGAACUAUAAUCUUAAAUGUAUUCUGUGCAAUGGUAAAUUAACCAAAUAAUAUGAUAAGAUAUAUGAUUAUGAUUUGAGAUGAGAUACAUGAUAUAGCCCAUUUGUCAGGUGGCAGUAUAUAAGUUGAACCAAUGAUCUGAAUAGAGUACAAAUCAGUAGGUUGAACCAACGAACCUCCAGGGCAUGAAAACUUUGCCGGUGUUGCUGCCCUCUACGUUCCGCCGUUGGAUUGUACAAAAUAGGUAUAAUAAAGUUAUUGAACAACUCGUGGGAUCACGCGCGUAAAACACUUCCCAUAUACACUCGUGUUUUAAAAUGGCACUGUUAAAAAAAAAUCAUAUAAAAAUAAAGUUGAAAUUAGAGCGUCGAAUGUUUACUACCAGUGGAUAGGAUUAUAUCUGACAUUCCAUAUCUGACCACAUAAGGGUAUUUCAGCUCAUUUUGAAAAAUAAAUCGGCAUUCAUAAAGAAAUCUCCUGACGGGUUAAAAUUCAUCACCUGAAAAAGUAAAAUAGCCCUAAUUCCUCCGCCAGCCAAAAUAGUUCCAAAGACAUCAAUAUUUCUUCAAAAUUUUGCCAAAUUAGAAAGUUCAGUAUAGUUGCCCCCCCCCUAUAAUCAGUGUCAUAUUCAUAUUUGUCAAUCAGCAAUAUAUCAAAUGAAAACAAACUUAGUAUGGGUUGGGUCAAAUGAAUAUAUCUUUUGCCUUCCAGUUGGCUCGUGGCACCUCAUCUACCGAUUGGAAGAAACGGGGAAGAGAUAGCGGCGAAGUGGAAACAAAAACCCUUACAGUCAAGUGCCUUUAUGAUAUUUCUUGGUUGAUCUGCUAAAAAUGAUUCAUUUAUAUUUUACUAUGUUCAUUCACCUAUAUUUCCGUAGGGGGUGUUUCACAAACUGACUUAAUUUUAAAUUCCUAUAUAGUUGCGUGCGUUACAUAAAAGGCAUCACCGCGUUGCAGUGAGUGACAUAAGUAGUAAACGUUUUUAUAAUCUGAUAUGUUUAAGACCGAAUUAUACGAAAAGAUGUUUUUGGGGAAAAUAUAUUGCAGACUGAUAUUUACUGGUUUUCUGUGUUUAAAAGAAACUUGACAUGUACAGAUGAGCUUCGUUUACGAGAGUUUAGUUUUAAACUUUUAUACAAUUUAUUACCCGUUAGAAGUAAUCUUUUUAAAUGGGGUCUUGCUGACGAUAAAUAUUGUCCGCACUGCCAUGUUAAAGAAGACUUAAUACACGCUUUUACUGAGUGUAAUUUGAACAAACAGUUCUUUUCUCAUGUUAGGAGUGUUGUGUAUACUUUUAAUGUCGCAUUUUGUGCAACACCUCAGUCCGGGUUGGUAAAGAAAAGUGGUAUAGUUACAUCACCAAAAAAGAACAUGAUUAAUGGCGCAGUCACAUUUCCCCUUCGGAGAGUCGAAAAUAGCCGUUUGAACAUUUUCUGUACCAGCUACAUAUAGGUGGUUUGAAUAAAAAUGAAUAAAACGGCUGUUUUCGACUCGCUGUACGACCGCCGUACUGGGGAAAUGUGACUGCAGCAUUAAACUAUAUUUCAAAUGGCACACAGGCGGUCGGUUUGUGAUGGUUUCUCGUGGUGUCAUUUGACUGCAAUAUAUUAUUAUUCAUGUCAUUUGAUUUGAUUGGUGUUGGUAAAAGCGCUGGAAUUAUGCGAGAACUUUCGUAUAUCAAUUAUGUCGUAUUUCGUCUUUAAUUUGUGGUGUUUAUGUAAUUGUGUACAUCAUGUAUUUUUACACAUUUCCUUUAUUAAAAAUAAGGGAAAAUUGAUAAAUGUUAACAGUAUUAAAGUUGACGGUGAAAUUAUAAAUAGCGAAUAAUCAUGAAUAAUCGAAUUUAUAAAGUCUGUGUUAUCGUGAAGUGUUUUUUUUUAAUGAUCAUAUUCAUUAAAUUCAAUUCUAUUCAUGGUUUAUCAAAAAGACAUGCCUUGCAGAACUGAAUUGCACAAGUUUACAGUCUCAAUUUCAAUUUCAAGGCAUAAAAUUACGAUUGAAAUCAUUUACAUAGAGAAUCAUUGAUAAAAGUAAUAAAACAACUAGUAAAGGUCAAGUCCACCCCGAUAAAAGUUGAUUUGAAUAAAAAGAGAAAAAUCAAAGAAGCAUAACACUGAAAAUUUCAUCGAAAUCGGAUGUAAAAUAAGAAAGUUAUGAUAUUUUAAAGUGUCGGUUAUUUUUCAAAAGUUAUGCACAACUCGGUGAUAUGCAAAUGAGAGAGUUGAUGAUGUACCUCGCCAUUUCUUUUUGUUUUUAUAUUUACAGAUGUUCGGGGAGGAAUCAAACUUAGUUUCAAAUGACAAAUGAAGAGAAAAUUAGAAUAUUUCUUAUUCCAUGUAAUGAAAUACAAAAGAAAUAGUGA